UUGCUACGAAUCAGAAAAAGUUCAAUGCAGUAUGCAGGCUUAUGUUGCCGUCCGGCAGCGCCGUGUUUUGGAGCGAUCGGAAUCUCGAACUGUUCAUCGGAGGUCGGGCUCCGGCGCCGGCAAGUACUGGAACAACUGGACGGAGAGUUGGCCAAAGGCGACGACCGAGCCGCUCUCUCCCUCCUCAAGGAAUCUCGGGGCAAGCCCGGCGGCCUUCGCUGCUUCGGCGCUGCUCGGCAGAUUCCACAAAGACUUUACACAUUGGAUGAGCUGAAGCUGAAUGGAAUUGAAACCUCAUCCCUUUUGUCACCAUUGGAUACAACCCUUGGUUCCAUAGAAAGAAAUCUUCAACUUGCUGCUGCUUUGCUUGGUGUUUCUGCAUGGAAUGUGUUUGAUUUUAGUCCCCAACAGAUAUUUUACUUUUCGGUCGGAUUCCUAUUUCUUUGGACCCUCGAUUCGGUGGCACUCAAUGGAGGAGUUGGAAGUUUGGUUCUUGAUAAAAUUGGUCACACUUUUAGUCAAAAGUACCACAACAGAGUUAUUCAACAUGAAGCUGGCCAUUUUUUGAUCGCCUACUUGCUCGGUAUUCUUCCGAAGGGCUAUACGUUGUCGAGUUUGGAAGCGUUUCGGAAGGAAGGAUCUCUAAAUUUUCAAGCAGGCACUGUUUUUGUUGAUCUUGAAUUCCUCGAAGAAGUUAAUGCGGGAAAGGUUUCUGCAACGAUGUUGAACAGAUUCUCAUGCAUAGCUCUUGCUGGUGUGGCCACUGAGUACCUUCUAUAUGGAUGUGCAGAGGGAGGCCUUGCUGAUAUUAACAAGCUGGAUUUGUUGCUUAAAGGUUUGGGGUUCACACAGAAGAAGGCAGAUUCUCAGGUAAGAUGGGCUGUUCUGAACACAGUUCUGAUAUUGCGCCGCUAUGAAAGUGCAAGAGCUAAGCUUGCAGAUGCCAUGUCUUCUGCAAAAUCUGUAGGGUCUUGUAUUGACAUAAUAGAGAAUAAUGUUGAUUCUUCUGACCUCUAAAUACGACCACACAGCAUGAGAUUAUCGAACGAGAAAAAAGAUCUAAUGGGAUUAGUUUGAAAGAAUUGGAAGAGGAAUCGUAUGAGGUGAAAAUCUUACCUAACAGUUUUGUUUUGUCAAGUUGCAAGGGUGAUCUAAUUUGUAUA